AUGGCUGCCCCUCCUAGUCCUCGGCCUCCUGUCAUGGUGCUUCCCUUCCCUGCGCAGGGCCAUGUCAUGCCCCUCAUGGAGCUCUCCCAUCGGCUCGUCGGCCACGGGCUCGAGGUGGACUUCGUGAACACGCACUACAACCACGACCGCGCCCUCAAGGCCAUGGCCGCCGAGAGAGGAACCGUUGACCCCGACGGCAUCCACAUGGUCUCGCUCCCUGACGGUAUGGGACCCGACGGCGACCGCACCGAUAUCGCCUUGCUGGGCAGCGGCUUGCCGGCGGCCAUGCUCGGACCCCUGAAGGAGAUGAUCAGGUCCAAGAAGAUCAAGUGGGUGAUCGCCGAUGUGUCCAUGUGCUGGGCGAUGGAGCUGGCCGCCACGGCCGGCGUCCGCGUCGCCCUGUUCUCGACUUUCUCGGCCGCCGUGUUCGCGCUCCGGCUGCACGUGCCCAAGCUGAUCGACGAUGGCGUGCUCGACGAGUCUGGGAACGUGAGGAGGAACGAGACGAUCCAGCUGACCCCCAAGAUGCCGCCGAUCGAGGCUGCCGAGCUACCAUGGGUCUGCCUGAGCAGCUUGCCGGAGAGACGCAGGUUGAUGAUUCAGAUCUUGCUCAAGACCAACCCGGUGAUACCGCUGGCCGCCAUCGUCAUCUGCAACACGUUCGAGGGUAUCGAGUCGGAGGCGCUGGAUCUCCUCCCCAACGCGCUGCCCGUCGGCCCCCUCGAAGCGCCGGCGGCGUCGAGCUCUGCCGGCCAACUCUGGCCAGAGGACCCCGUCUGCCUCCCCUGGCUCGACGCGCAGGCCCGCGGCUCCGUCAUCUACGUGGCGUUCGGGAGCUUCACCGUCUUCGACGCGGUGCGGGUCCAGGAGCUCGCCGACGGGCUGGAGCUCACGGGCCGGCCUUUCCUUUGGGCGGUCCGGCCGAACAUCACCGCCGGGAUCAGAGAAGAGUGGUUCGACGCGUUCAAGCUCCGCGUGGAGGGCAAGGGGCUGGUGAUGGGCUGGGCGCCGCAGCAGCGCGUGCUCUCGCACCCCUCCGUCGCCUGCUUCGUGUCGCACUGCGGGUGGAACUCCACCAUGGAAGGCAUGCUGCACGGCGUGCCGUUCCUGUGCUGGCCGUACUUCGCCGACCAGUUCGCCAACCAGAGCUACAUCUGCAACGUCUGGGGCACCGGCGUCAAGGUCCACGCCGACGAGAGAGGGGCGGUCACCAAGGAGGAUAUCAAGAACAAAGUCGAGCAGCUGCUAGGCGACGAUGGGAUAAAGGCAAGGGCAGCUACGUGGAAGGACGCGGCGUCUACGAGCAUCGCAGAGGGAGGGUCAUCAGAUCAGAACCUGCUCAAGCUUGUGAAAUUGUUAACACAUCAAUAG